AUGGCCACCACACCUCUGGACGCCCUGACUUGGGACUGCGGGGUCCUGAGGGGUGUCUGGGCGGGGGCCUUUGGCCUCAGGAAGGCAGGAGGAAGCCCUCAGGGGUUUCAGGGGGCCCGGAGGCGCCGCGGCAGGUGCAAAUGGGCCCCGAGUGUCGGGAACCGAGGCCCGAGGCGCGGUCCCGCCGGGCUUACCGGCUGGAGCGGCGCAGGUGCGGGCCCCGCGGCGGGCAGGGUUGGGUGCGCUCGCGGCGGCCAGGUGCGGGCGGGGAGGGGGCCUCUGGGCGAGCAGCGGGAGCGCUGGGAGACCUUCCAAAAGCGGCAGAGGCUCAGCUUCGAGGGCGCCGCCAAGCUGCUGCUGGACACUUACGAAUACCAGGGCCUGGUGAAACACACAGGAGGCUGCCACUGUGGGGCCGUGCGCUUUGAAGUUUGGGCCUCGGCUGACCUGCACAUCUUUGACUGCAACUGCAGUAUCUGCAAGAAGAAGCAGAACAAACAUUUCAUUGUCCCGGCCUCUCGCUUCAAGCUUCUGAAGGGAGCUGACAGCAUCACCACGUACACCUUCAAUACCCACAAGGCGCAGCACACCUUCUGUAAGCGCUGCGGCGUCCAGAGCUUUUAUUCUCCCCGCUCCAACCCUGGAGGCUUCGGGAUUGCCCCCCACUGCCUGGACGAGGGCACCGUGCGCAGCGUGGUGGUGGAGGAGUUUAAUGGCAGCGACUGGGAGAAGGCCAUGAAGGAGCAUAAGACCAUCAAGAACAUGUCCAAGGAGUGAGCUCCCGCGCCUCCUGCCCAGGAAGGGCCUACAGCCUCUGCAGUCUGCUCCGGCCACCGGUGUCUUCAGGCAGCUCUUGUCCUCCCCUAGCUCAGAUUUUGACAUAGGCUAGUUGAUACCCUUCUGUCCCCCUUCCUGACUUUUGUGUGAUCUUCUAGAGAAAUAAAUAUUUUUAACAUUAAA